AUGCAGUAUGGCUUUGAUUGCCUUGCAACUCACCCAGCUUUUCUUCUCUUUGUAGACGAGCUCUUUCUGGAACAGCACAACCUCUCUUUAUCCUCCGUGGAGCUCAUGAUGAAGAAAAGCACCGUGCAUAGCACUGCACCUGUGGCCUUAACAGAACCUGCUCCCGGGUCCCAGCAAAGCCCUUCUCUCCAGGUCACACCUCCAUCUGCCACUAUUUUUGAUACAGUCUUUUUUAACCCAGGAGCACUGACCCAAAGUAUGGCAGAUCAUAGUGUCUUUGUGGCCAAUUAUGUGUCGAUGACGAGCAGCGAGGUGGUCAGAGAUGAUGAUGAAAUGGAUAACUUUUUGCCGGAAGCCCCUUGGACCACUUCGCGGGCGGUGUCUCCAAUACCGCACCUCCCAGUCAGCCUGCCGGUGCUGACUCCAUCUUUACCCGUUAUUUCUCUACAGGAUGAGCAAAUGACAUCAGCCUGGCAAAACACAGCGCACCAACCAAUGGCGUAUGCCGAAUCCUCCAGUCCUUUCAGUGUGUUUUGGCCAGAUUUUUCCACUUCUGAGGGCAACCGGCCAAGUCCCAGUAGGAAUUUGGUGCUUUAUCCUACUGAUGCUGAUGGGCACUCAGCAAGCAGGACUUUGCCGGAGAUGGUGGCCUCUGGAACAGAGGAUGCAGAUACGCUUCUUUCUAGCUCCCUGGCGGCACAGCCUCAGCUGUUAGGCAGUGGCAUCACGCCACAGGCCUUUCCCUCCUGGGACGAGGUCUCCCCGCCUCCAGGGGAUGUCCCGGCCACCAGCACGCACAGGCACCCUGAUGUGAACACGGCUCUGAGUCACAGUCUGGAAGAAACCAUCUUCCCAAGGGCAGACCCUGCUGCAAGUGUGGCCCAGACAGCCCGUGCUUGUAGUCGCGGCAGCAGAGAUUCGGCUCUGUUCUCAUCUCUUGCGUUUGUGUCCUUUUCUACUCAACCAGCCGCUGUUUCUUUUAACGUCUUUCUUCCCAGCGAUGCCAGGGAAACGUCCGGAUUGCCAGGCGAGUCAGUGGUCCCAAGUCCUGUGGACGACACUCAUGUCUCCAGCCCGGCGGCGGCGUCCAGACCGUACACGUGGUGUGUGUCAUGCGCUGUGGCAUCACCUCGGCACAUGGUGUCCGCGAGCAUCGAGGAGAAGGACCUGGGAUCGGGGGAUGGUGCCGACACCCCGACCGUGACCGUGCUGGGAGCGAGCAGCAUCCUUCCGCCGAGCAGCGGAGUCGUGGACUUCCCUGAAUUUGAAGAAGAUCCCCAGGACUUUAAUACACUUUUCCCCUCCAGACCGGUCGUCCCACUUUCUUCUCCAUCCAUGGGCGUCUCCGUGACGAGCAUUGGCCUGUCGGCCGAGGUGGGGAUGUGGAGUGUCAGGACCGCGCAAGUGCAUCCUUCCCGCAGCCUCUCUGCGCCAGUGUCACCUGAUCCUGCUCCUCUGGGCUCCUCCUCUGUCCCUGGAAGCCCAGGAAUGCCAUCCAGCGUGACAGCUGCGUUUCCCUCGCUCCUCGGCAGCGUGCCCCUUGAGCCCUCUGUCUCGGGCGCAGCAAACCAAAACACACCGGUGCUUGCUUUCGGAGACCCGCGUCUUUUUAUGUCUUCUACUCGGGCACCGGCAGUGGAACCUUCUCUCUUCCUCGACUGGGAGCCUGGCAGCUCUUCUGAACAUGCCACUGGCCGCAUUUUGGAUUCUGCAUCCAGUUUUUUCUCAACCCCGGCCCUGGAUCCCAGCCGCCCGGUGUCUUCACUUUCAGAAGCACUCGCCUCUCCGUCUUUGGGGAUAUCCAGUGAUGCGUCGGCGUUCAUCUCUCAGGCGUUUUCUUCCUUAGUUGAGACACUCGCGUUGUCUGACUCCGUCAGUUUGGAGGCCCCUCCGCUUUCCGUUCCUAAUCCCAUGAACUCUGAAUUUUCGCAGCUCUGGCCAAGUUCAGACCUUCUUUCAAACACACUCGCUUUUCCUCCUGGCUACUCUGAAAUGUCCCUGCUCCCCAGCUUCCCUUCGGAGUCUCUCAAGUUCCCUGAGGUGUCCACAGUUUCACUGACCGGUCCCGAAGCUCAUCUUACCUCAGUCCUCACUGAAACUACCUCUUAUCUUGAGUGGUCACUCAUUGCCCAUGAAUCGGCAGUCACCACCCCGGUGCCCUCCAGUUCAGAGCCCACCCUCGACAUUUUGACUGUUGGGACUCACUCCCCAUCACCUCUGACUGCUUUUCCUACGACCCUCAUUUUAGCAGAAUCUUCCCUCUUUCCAACUCCGUCACCUUCCAGCAAUGAUGUCAGUGCCACGGACGAUCACACACCUGUCUUACCCUCUUUCUCCAAAGUCAUUCCCAGCACUACCCUCCUGGUCACCGACGUGUCCCCGUCGUCAGCCUCCUCGUUUGUUUCUGAGGCGAGCCCCUCACCUCCUCCUACAGAGCCAAUACCUGUGGGCCCAUCGUACACACCCACAGACUCAUCAGGGCUCGCCCCCACUGACCUGAGCGCACCCCCCACCAGUGCCACCCCUGAUGGUACUGUCGGCGGCAGCACCCCGAGCAGCAGAACCACGAGCCGGAAUCCCCACGAGAGCAGCUCUGUGCACCCGCCGCCUUCCCUUCAUCCCAUCCCCACCUCUACUUCCGAGGCCGUGGUUCCUACCCCAGCACUGGUCACCACCAAGGCGCCAUAUGUGUGUGAUAUUACAGUUCCCGACGCCUAUUUGAUCACAACCGUGCUGGCCCGGAGAGCCGUGCAGGAGUACAUCAUCACAUCCAUCAAGGAGGUGUUGAGGAUCCACUUCAACCGUGCAGUAGAGCUCAAGGUUUAUGAGCUCUUUGCUGACUUCACUUUCCUGGUAACAUCCGGGCCUUUCGUUUACACGGCAAUAUCAGUCAUAAAUGUACUUAUCAACAGUAAACUUGUACGUGACCAAACUCCUUUAAUCCUGGCCGUGAAACCUUCCUUCCUUGUGCCAGACUCCAGGUUCCAAGUGCAGACGGUACUUCAGUUUGUGCCUCAGAGUGUGGACACCGGCUUCUGCAACUUCACCCAGCGCAUCGAGAAGGGCCUGAUGAUAGCUCUGUCGGAAGUGAGCAGACACCACCCGGGGCCCCACAACCUCACCGUGCAGAUCCUGAAUAUCACCAUGGGUGCCUCGCGGCCGGCUCCGCGGCGGGGCCCCGUGAAUGUCGUCUUCGCGGUCAGGGGCCCGCAGGGGUUUCUGAACGGGACGGAAGUGAGCCAGCUGCUCAGGAACCUGAGCGUGGUGGAGUUCAGUUUCUACCUGGGGUACCCAGUGCUCCAGAUCGCUGAACUUCUCCUGGGCGUCGUCGAGAAACAGCUCCAGAAUGAAGUGUUUCAGGCUGAGAUGGAACGCAAACUGGCCCAGCUGCUCAGCGAGGUGUCCACCCGGAGGCGGAUGUGGAGAAGGGCCACUGUCGCCGCCGGGAACAGCGUCGUGCAGAUGGUAAAUGUGUCACGGCUAGAGGGAGAGGACAAUCCUGUGCAGCUCAUCUACUUCGUGGAGGAUCAAGACGGGGAAAGACUCAGUGCAGUCAAGUCUUCAGAUCUGAUUAACAAGAUAGAUAUCCAGAGAGCAGCCAUUAUCUUGGGUUACCGAAUUCAAGGUGCUGUUGCCCAACCCUUGGACAGAGUGAAGAGGCCGUCCCCCGAGUCCCAGAGCAGUAACCUCUGGGUCAUCGUUGGUGUGGUCAUUCCAGUGCUCGUGGUGAUGGUGAUCGUCGUCAUCCUCUACUGGAAACUGUGCCGCACGGACAAGUUGGACUUCCAGCCGGACACGGUGGCCAGCAUCCAGCAGCGUCAGAAGUUGCAGAUCCCUAGCGUGAAGGGCUUUGAUUUUGCCAAGCAGCAUCUGGGUCAGCACAAUAAAGACGACAUACUGAUUAUUCACGAACCAGCGCCACUGCCGGGACCCGUCAAGGAUCACACCACGCCCUCUGAAAACGGGGAUGUGCCCAGCCCCAAGGCGAAGAUUCCUGCCAAGAGCGUCCGUCACCGAGGAAGAGUUUCUCCAUCGGAUGCUGACUCUACCGUAAGUGAGGAGUCCAGUGAGAGGGAUGCAGGAGACAAGACACCAGGAAUGGUGAACGACAGCCAGGCCCUCAGAGCCCCACAGAGCGGGCCGCCGCUGCCCAGUUCGGGGAAUGAGCAGCACUCGUCAGCCUCCAUCUUUGAGCACGUGGACAGGCUCUCCCGGUCCUCGGAGGCCAGUCGGCGGGUUCCCAGUAAGAUCCAGCUGAUCGCCAUGCAGCCGAUCCCAGCACCUCCCAUUCAGCACUCUGUUCUGGCUGACCGGGUGGCAGAAACCAACAAAAUUAACAAAGAGAUCCAGACAGCGCUGCGGCACAAGUCCGAGAUCGAGCACCAUCGGAACAAGAUCCGGCUCCGCGCCAAACGCCGCGGCCACUACGAGUUCCCGGUGGUGGAUGACCUGUCUUCCGGCGACACGCGUGAGCGGCACCGCGUGUACCGCAGGGCGCAGAUGCAGAUCGACAAGAUCCUGGACCCCACUGCCAGUGUGCCCUCGGUGUUCAUAGAGCCCAGGAAGAGCUCCAGGAUAAAACGGUCUCCUAAACCACGCCGGAAACACCAGGUCAACGGCUGUCCCGGAGAUGCCGAGAAGGACAGACUCAUCACCACAGACAGCGACGGCACGUACAAAAGGCCCCCCGGCGUCCACAACUCUGCCUAUAUUGGUUGCCCAUCUGACCCCGAUCUCCCGGCCGAUGUGCAGACGCCGUCCUCGGCUGAGCUGGGGAGGUAUCCAGGCCUGCCCUUCCCCGCCUCCCAGUACGUCCCGCCCCAGCCGUCCAUCGAGGAGGCGCGCCAGACCAUGCACUCCCUCCUGGACGACGCUUUUGCCCUCGUGGCCCCCAGCAGCCAGCCCACCGGCGCUGCGGUCACAGGCCCCGGGGUCCCAGCUGUCCUGCCUGUGAACAGCACCCCUUCCCGGGACGAGAGGCGAGCCACCCAGUGGGGGUCCUUCUACAGCCCUGCUCAGACGGCCAGCAACCCAUGUAGCUCUGGGGUCCAGCACAAACACCGGGGUUCUGAAAGUUCCCCAGGUGACGCUGAUGGACCAGGUUUUGGCCCCAGUUUGCUGCCGUCUUCGGAGCUGGUGCCUUCUGAGUCCCAGCAGACCCAGGCCUCGGCUGACGCCCCGUUCGCCACCCGAGGGAUCUACCCGGAGGAGAUGCCGUCGGUGGCCCGGCCACGGCCUGUCGGGGGCACCACAGGCUCCCAGAUCCAGCACCUGACACAGGUGGGGAUUGCAAGCAGAAUUGGAGCCCAGCCGGUGGAGAUCCCACCAAGCAGAGGUGGCCAGUAUGGGGGACCAGGCUGGCCUUCCUACGGGGAGGAUGAGGCGGGCCGAAGAGAGCCGACGCACAUGCUUGGCCACCACGAGUAUUCUUCCUCGCCGCUGUUCCAGGUGCCAAGGACUUCAGGUAGGGAGCCCUCCGCUCCUCCCGGGAACCUCCCGCACAGGGGGCUGCAGGGCGCGGGGCUGGCGUAUGCCACCAGCUCCACAGAAGACCUCCAGCCCGGCCACUCCUCCGCCUCUCUCAUCAAAGCGAUCCGCGAGGAGCUCCUCCGCCUCUCCCAGAAACAGACCGCCGUGCACAACCUGCACAGCUGAUGGCCCCGCCUCGCAGAUUUGCCAAGUAUCUGCUUCCCGUGGAAGCAAGGCUAAAUGGAAAUCGACUGAGUGGGUGUUUGUAAGAGGAUGUGCAUCUCCUGGGCUCGGCGCCCACGUAAGGGAGCAAGCUGCAAUUUUAGAAGAUGCCAUAAGUCACCUGACAGCUCAUGAUGCUUUUAAUAAGUUGACGAUUUUUUGACCGCUUGGGUUUCAGUCGGAAUUUAUGUACUUUUGGCCAAAAGCCGGCAGCACUUCAUGAAGACAAACCAUAAGACUAAGCUAACAAAAAUCACUAAAUUCAUCUCCUUUUUAAAGGUAAAAGACGGACAUGCGUAGAUGGUAUAGGGAUUAAUGGAAUCCAGCGUUUCCAUGGGAAGAUGUGAUUCAGGCUGGUUUGUAUGAUGUACUUGCUGCUUUGUUUUCUGAGAAAAGAGAUUUGAAGGCAUUUUAUUAACAGCUUGAUUUUCCUCCUUUUCUCCAUAGGAACUUAUUUUAAUAGUCAUAUUAACAACAAAAAUACUAAGACUGUUUGGGAAUUUAAAAAGCUACUAGUGAGAAACCAAAUGAUAGAUUGUAGAGCCUGAUGAUUCCAAACGAAGCCAUCAUCUGCAUUUUUCCUUCUACUUCUGGUGCUACAGCUCCGAGGGCCCCUUCACCUUUAUGUCUGUGAAAUGCAAACUUUGGCUUUUUCAGCGGAAGAAUAUGUUGAGGAUUUCAUUUUGUCCUAGGGAGGGGAAAAAAACAACACAAAAAAAACCCUCCCAGCGUGGGAGGGGUAUGGUUAAUAUUUAUUUGGUUAUUCAAAAUACAUAUCAAGGUUUAGAUUUACAUUCUUAAUUGUAUUUGCUGUUUAAUUAAUUGGGCGCAUGUGACCACCAGCGGCACCCCAUUUCAGCUCAUGCCGUCAUUAAGGUCAGUGCUAGAGGAGGAGGCUCUCGGGAGGUCUUAGCUGAUCCUUGCACUUGGCUGAUGAGUUGCUCGCCAGUCACAUUGGAGUGAGAAAUCUUCCACGAGCCAAAAUCAUUUAUAAAGACUCCGAGGGCCAACGAAUCGUUACUCCCCAGUGCAUUUCUAGUAAUCACGUUCUCUGUGUUCAAGACCUAGAAAUGAAAUGGAGUUCGGUCCAUCGUCUCUGUAAUAAAUCAAGAAAUGCAAAGAGGAGCUUUGAGGGCCCACAAGGGAAAGGAGGGGGUUGUUCCCGCUUUCUGAUGUUACCGUGCACGACCACCGAGUGACUGUUAAAACCAUCUAACGUGCUUGGGGCCCGAUGGAGGGGGUCAGCUCUCUUGAGUUCACUCCUGAAGUUAACAUUCCCCUGCCUCCCGGAUUAGAGUAAGGAACAUAACAGGAAGGGCCAUUCUGCUUUUUGGCCCUUGAGUGAAACUUAGAAGAAAAACAGAUAACCGGUUUCCACUCUGAAUCCUUUUUCAUUGGAUCAGUACUAAUUUCAACUACCCACAAAUAAACAGGCACAAUUCAGGACUCUGAGGACUCAGAGUCUGCAUCAAAUUUUAAGAAGCCUGCAACCGCUGAAAUAGGUUUCCAUAGUGUAAACCCCUGGGGUCCAGGGUCCUGUCUCUGCGCGUCCUCUUUGGAGCCUGUCAGACAGUCUUAUGACACAGGGACUGUUGCUUCUGGGAAGUUCGGUGUAGCCAUUGCAUCUCUGCCCCUCUGGAAGCGGGGGGGUGCAGGCAAGGAGGUCUCUCAAGGAUGGUAAAGGAAUGGAGACCCCUUUUCAGGCAGUCCUCAAAGGCUCCAAGGAGCGUGGGAGAGAGACCCCCUGCUGGGCUUGAUUUCUUACCUCUUGGUCUUGGUUAAAUACCAGACUCUGCCCAAAAUGGAGGAUUGUCUGCAUAUGUCCCUCAGAAGUCCCAAGUUUCCUGAAUAUGUUAAGAGUUUCAGAUAUCCAAGCAGAAUUUUAUUCGGGACACCUCACAGUAAGUUCAGAUUGUGUAACAAGUGGAAUAAACGCAGGCCCUCUCUGCUCUGCUCCGUGUCGUGUUUGCACACAAUGUGCUCAGAAUCUGUACUUCCUGUGUCCGUCUCAGGAGCAGGUGUCUCUUCUCCAGGGGGCUGCAGUAGUGAUCUGGAUGCCUUUCAGAUGAACAUGAAAGGAUUCUACCUGUAAUUGUUAUGCUUAGCAUUUUGAUACACUUUUAAAUGAAUGUCAAGACCAAAGAUCACUUCUGAUAACCGGUGGUGUGCAGUGUGUGGUGUGGUGUGAGCAGGCCCAUGGAAUCACGCACUCAUGAGUUGGUCAUAAAGCACACUGAGUCUGCUCUUGUGUCCUGUAAAUGCCUGCAGCAGUCUUGUCACCAGACUGUUGUGGGGAGCACCACACCCAAAGGGGUCUCUGGACACUCAGUUAACGUGAUCUACUUAAAAGAAAGGUCCUCAUGUCGACUGUGUGUGGCCUUGGAGUUCUGAAGUGAAAGGUUACAUUUUGUGUCUAUUCUGUUUUCCUAGUUUGAAAGUUCCAGUGGUAAUAAAUAAUGCAAGCUAUAAAGUGGAGUCACAGUUUUAGAGGUGGAGAAAUGAUCAUUUUCACAGUCUACUGUGUCACCAGUGUGCUUGUUAGGUCCCUUCCUGGCCUCAGUUUCCUCAUCAGCCCAAUGAGAACAGACCUCCUCUGCUCACCUCCGAGAAUUUCUUGUUUUGAGAUUCACAUGUGAUCAUGUGUGCAAACAGCCUUUGUGGAGGAAGCACUAAGCUUGGUGAAAUGUAAGAUGCUACUGUAUGCUGUCCGUGUGAAAUGUAAGAUGCUGCACUGGGAUUGGAUGGUCUGAUAUGCUGUCAUCUACCAGCGAACGAGUUCCCAUGGACGUCACCAGAGCAAAACUAAGGGCUCCAUGUUACUCUUCUCUCCCAAUUUGCUUUAAAUUCACUUUCUUUGGCACUAAUUUCAAAACAGUGUUUAUCAAACAUCUUACUGCUCCUGAUUUUUUGCUGUUUGUGGCACCAAAAAAGUCAACACCCUGCAUUCUGAGAUCUUAGAGUCCAAGUCAGAUAGCACAGAUGGGUAUAAAAGAAGACACAGAUCCAUAAUGUGAUGUGAACAUCAAGAAGAUUCAUUGAAAGUACACAAGUGCAUUGGGUACUAGGGUGAAGGGAAGUUGCGCAUUUGGAAACCAUGGGAUUCUGGAGAGGCUCACUUGAGAAGCUUCUGUAAUGAAGAUGAGAGGGCUGGUGAGAAGGCGAGGCCAGAGCUAGGAGUGGGCCUGAGGAAGGACAUAGAAAGUGGGCGAAGCUGUCAUUGAACAUGAACUUGAUCUGCGGCAGUAUGAGGACAGGAUCCCUAACCGCACGGUGUCGGGAGUUUUAAUAAAACACGAGGAGGAAGUGGGGCUAUGAAAACGUCUUUGCAGUAAUACAGCCAGAAAAUGGCUAGGUCUGCAAAGAAGGUCUGCACGGCUAGAGAUCCGGUCUGGAGGAGGGAAGAGACAGGUACCAAGAACUGCUGGAGGAACCAAUUAUAAAGUCUGAAAAUAUUGUAAGAAUUCCACCAAGGUUUAUGGCUUAGAGCAGAUCUCCACGGUCAGCCCUAAAACCACAUUAAAUCUUUUGUGGAGCAUAGUAGGUUAUAAAUAAAUACAUUCCACUUCUUUGUAGCCACCUACACAAGUUUCACAGAUUUUAUUUAAUUUCAGAAUAUGUUUUGAUUUUGGUGGCACAUGGCUUUUGAGCAGCAGACCAAGCAGGUUUUGCCAACCAGAUUUUUUCAGGGCCUGAGGCCUUGUGAUACAAAGCAUGGAUGAAAGGGACACCUGAAGGCUUUGGGCCAAAACAGGUAAUUCUGUGCUUCAUGAGCCUCCCGUUUAACUGUGUACAGGGUCAGUGUUUACUGUAUUCGCACUUCUUACUGCUCCAGUGGCCAAACCAGUCACUGGGACACCGAUUUGCAUUUGCAGUAAUUCACACGUUAUUCAUUAAAUGAACUUCCCAUCCCCUCUCAUACUGGAUUCUUAGACAUGAAUGAGUUUGCUGGUUGAAAGGAAAGCUGGUUGAGGUUCUGGGCAGGGAAGAAGGGGGAUUCCAGUCUUAAGGACCACACUAACCUCAGCUCAAGGUGAGCUGUAGCCAUUCCAUUUCUACCUCCAAAGCCAGUCUUCAGAGCCUGCUUAUCCACAUUUGUCCCCGACGGGAGGGCGAGGGGGUCCACUACUUUACCUGCACACUGACCAUUUGAUCACAAAACACAUUUUUAUGGGAUGGUAACUUGAAAUUCAUUUUGACAUUUAAUCCAACACAUUAAUGGAUAUUCUUGUAACAAUUGAGAGGGGUUUCUAAGAGCAACUGCUGUAACGUACUCAUAAAAUGUAAUAGGCUCACACUUACUACCUAAUGAAUAAGGGGUGUGUAUAUUUCAGGUUUCUUUUGAUAUUUUUGGAGGUGACUUUCAGUGUUUAGGACUCCUUUCUGUAGUAUUAAAAAGACUUGAAAACUGAAACUUCACGGUACGAUCCUAAUUCCAUGCUUGUGUGUGUUAACAGUACAUUUGAGAAUUUAUCUUAACACGCAACAGCAUUGAAAUUUAGGAAAAGCAUUUUAAAUGCCUUUGGAAACAUGAAACAAAGUUAGGAACCCUCAAGCGAGAGAAGGAUGAAUGUCUUAAGCUGAGGUGGUCUAAUCCAAAUUAGUUUCCCACAGGGUAGUUCAUGCAGGCUCCUUGCUUUGCCUUUCUUCCUCUGGGUUUUUCUGCCCGGGGACCACUUCACAUUUAAAGAAAGAGUGGAUAGUAGAAGGGACAGAGAUACGAAUUGGAAGGAUUUGAGUCGCUCGGUCCCUGAUUCCACCGGAACUUUCUGGACAACUUGGAGCAUCCAUCGUGAAGGGUCUCACGCCCCCGAUUCAAGCAUUCAUGACUUGACUCCCUACGUGUGCAAGUUAGGAAGAGCAUAGGGCCAAGUUCAAGCCAGACACCCUGUGCUGUUCCUCUUGUAAAUGGGGGGAAAGAAGGAGGCUUUCACCAAUUAACGCGCUUGCUCUAAGCACCAGAGGGCUCAUUUCAGGAAAGGGGGUGUACACUCAGCCCUCCUCCAGAGCAUCUGCGGGGAGCAUGGAGAUCAGGCUCGUCACCCUUGGCAGGAGAGGUGGCUCAACAGAGCCGCCCUGGGAUGCCUGUUUGUCUCCUACUUUGCCAAGGUCCACGUUCCUCUGACUCUCCCUGCACUCUCCUUCCUGGACUGUGAGUGAUAAUGUACGAAAAUAUGCAGAGUAAAUUGAGGCCACUUGUGGCAUCAAUACUGCAACUUGAACUUGACAAUCAUGGUUUGCUGGUCUCAAACGGGCACUUAAAUUUCAGUGUGGGUAUAUGAUUUAGUAAUCAAACCUUCCCUUCUCUGUCAGUUAUGUUUCUACCCUUCAAUUAGCUGCACUGUUUUCUAAUGUGCUGUAGAGUUUUUGAAAUAAUUUAUGCAAGUGUUUGGUUUCCAUGUUUACAAUUUAUACUGCUUUCCUAGCAUUUUAAAUGGAAAUGUCAAUAAAUGCUAUGAAUUGGUGUCAAA